UUUUGAAUUUCUUGCAGUGCGGUUGUGUUUUUUGGAAACCGGUUUAUUGUGGCUAUUGAAAUUGAAACGUGACACACUGCCGUCGAUCGCAGUCAGCAACUAUUUACCUUAUUAUUAACUUAAAAAGGUUGUUCAAUAUUAGCAUAAGUAACGAACAGUUUCGCUAGCCAACCACUCGCAAGUGCAUAGAAAACGCAUCAGUUUAUUUUCAACAUAGUACAAAAUGCUACUCCUACUGGUUGUCGUUAUUGUUGGCCUGCUGAUAUUCGGAUUUCUGAUCACCAAGACAACUAAGGAAGUGCCCAAAUCUUGGCUCGAAUGGAAGACAGAAUUCAAAUAUCAGUAUAUAGGAGCUUUGGGGCUUAUUCACGACGCUCAAUACGCGUCGAGGGAUCGCGUGACACUCUACAAGCAACCGGAUCGCAUUGCUGUCAUCACAGGCGGUAAUCGCGGCAUAGGACUGCGCAUUGUGGAGAAAUUGCUCGCAUGCGACAUGACUGUCGUCAUGGGAGUUCGGGAUCCGGACAGUGCCAAGACGGCUGUUGGUGCCAUUGUGGAUCUCACUCAGACGAAGGGAAAACUUAUCUGCGAACAACUCGAUGUGGGGGAUCUGGAAUCGGUGCGUUCCUUUGCAAAGCACAUAGCUCAGAAAUAUCCAAAGAUUGAUGUGCUAUUAAAUAAUGCGGGCAUUAUGUUUGCCCCCUUCAAACUCUCUGACGAUGGCUACGAGUCGCACUUUGCCAUCAAUUACUUGGGUCACUUCCUGCUCACACAUCUGCUGCUGCCUCAGCUGCGGGCAGCGGGACAAAAGGGAAAGAAUGCUCGCAUUGUGAAUGUGAGCUCCUGUGUCAAUCUGAUUGGUAGCAUCAACUACAAGGAUAUCAAUGGACUAGACAACUAUUAUCCGGGAGCUGCCUACAGUCAGUCGAAGUUGGCGCAGAUUCUGUUUACUCGGCAUCUGCAAACACUCUUGGAUCGGGAGCAGUCGCAUGUGCAGGUGAAUGUGGUGCAUCCAGGCAUUGUGGACACGGAUCUCUUCGAGCACUCGGCCACGACAUCGGUGCCAUUCCUAAAGAAGAUCUUCUUCAAGACACCAGAGCGGGGAUCUCGCACUGUCGUCUAUGCAGCUAUUGAUCCAUCCAUUGAAGGCCGAGGAGGCACAUAUCUCAGCAAUUGUUGCAAGGGUCCUGUUCAUGCUUCCGCCAAGCAGCCGGCCAAGUGUGAAAAGCUCUUCAAUUUCUCCUGCGAUCUGCUCAAAAUCAAGGAAUAUGGAAACGGAAAAUAAUAAAAGCUAACAAUGCACCCUAACAUUCCUCAAUUGGUGAAACGUUAAUUUCCAUUAAGAUGCUUUUAACUAACACACAUAUAUAUGUAUUUGUAGUCAUAUUUUAUAUUUGAUUGGUUUAAAUUUGUUUAAAUGUCUGCUUAAGUUUUUGGCAAUGUUUUGCUUGCAUUCGUGUAAAUCCGGAUAACAGCCGGAUAGCUGUGGAUAACAACAUAAUACUUCAAAUAUAUUUUUAAUACAAUUUUACAUACACUAAAUCCAUUAAAAAA